AGAAUAUAUAACAAAAUAUUGCUACAUUUUAGGUUGCCAUGGGAGAUGAAGAUGCUAUUGAAGGAAGCAAAGAGAGAAUUUCUAAGCAACCGAGGGUGAAGAAAUCGGUUCAUAAAACAGAUGAAGGUGAAAAUGAUGACCUGGAAGAUAAGAGUUCAAAGAAAACAAAGUUGUCUACACCUACUGAAGUAGCUGAGCCAAACAUAUCCUUUUCAAUUUCUGAUACCAAGGAUAAGUAUAAGGAUGCGACAUUAUUACCAAAGUGGAAGGCAUUUCAGACAGUCAUAUUCCUUGAACGGGACGAUGGCCUUCGUGAUUCAGAAAAAAUUGCUGCAUUUGAUUUUGAUGGGUGUCUUGUGAAUACGUCUGUGAAAAGGUAUGAUUAUUUAUAAUGAUAAAUGAGUUAC